AUGGCCCACGUCCUCGCCGCCGCCGAGCCCCUCACCCUCCUCAAGCGCCCGCCGCCGCAGAACGACGGCUUCGGCGACGACAACGGCAGCACGGAGGAGAAGGCGCCCAAGGCGCGCCGCCGGGAGUCGGACCCGGCGGCGGCACUGGCCGCGGCGCGGCAUGAGUUCGGGGAGCACGGCGGCGUGAACAUGUCCAUCGAGGCCUCGGCCACGUUCACCGUGAUGGAGCCGGACACCAUGCGCCGGCUCUUCACGGGGGAGCUGGGCCCGGAGCGCGGCGACCUGUACAUCUACAGCCGCCACUUCAACCCGACGGUGCUGGCGCUGGGGCGGCAGAUGGCCGCGCUGGAGGGGACCGAGGCCGCCUACUGCACGGCGUCCGGCAUGUCGGCCAUCUCCUGCGUGCUGAUGCAGCUGGUGGGCGCCGGCGGGCACGUGGUGGCGUCGCGCUGCCUGUACGGCGGCACCCACGCGCUGCUGUCCCGGUUCCUGCCGCGCACCUCCGGCGUGCAGGCGACGUUCGUGGACGCGGACGACGAGGCGGCCGUGCGCGCGGCCAUAAGGCCGGGGGAGACGCGGGUGGUGUACGUGGAGACGAUGUCGAACCCGACGCUGGCCGUGGCCGACAUCCCGAUGCUGGCGCGGGUGGCGCACGAGGCCGGGGCCAAGCUGGUGGUGGACAACACCUUCACCCCCGUCGUCGUCUCGCCCGCGCGGCUCGGCGCCGACAUCGUCGUCCACAGCGUGUCCAAGUUCAUCAGCGGCGGCGCCGACAUCAUCGCCGGUGCGAUCUGCGGGCCGGCGAGCCUGGUGAACUCCAUGAUGGACCUGCAGGACGGCGCGCUGAUGCUGCUGGGCCCGACGAUGAACGCCAAGGUGGCGUCCGAGCUGGCGGCGCGCCUCCCGCACCUGCCGCUGCGGAUGCAGGAGCACUCGCGGCGCGCCGCCGAGUUCGCGGCCCGGAUGCGGCGCCAGGGCCUGCGCGUCACCUACCCGGGCCUGCCCGACCACCCGCACCACGCCAGGCUGCGCGCCAUGGGCAACCCGGGCUACGGCGCCGGCGGCAUGCUGUGCCUCGACAUGGGCACCGAGGAGCGCGCCAACCGCCUCAUGUACCACCUGCAGAACACCACCCAGUUCGGCUUCAUGGCCGUCAGCCUCGGCUUCUACGACACCCUCAUGUCCUGCUCCGGCAACAGCACCAGCAGCGAGAUGGACCCGGAGGACCGCGCCCGCGCCGGCAUCUCCCCCGGCCUCAUCCGCAUGUCCGUCGGCUACAACGGCACCUUGGAGCAGCGCUGGGCGCAGUUCGAGCGCGCCCUCGCGCUCAUGCAGCAGCAGGACACCCCCGCCGCCGCCGCCAAGUACGGCAAGCCCGUCUGA